CGCGCGCGCUUGUGGAGCCCGGGUGCAGAGCGCGAGCCUUCGAGUCCCCGGGUGCGAAUCCCCCGCAGGCUUCCACGCCCUGCCCGCAUCCCGGCUCCUUCCCUCACGUCCCUCUGCGCACCCCAGCGGCCGCGUCUUCAGCCAGGGCCUGAGGAUCCCGGAGCAGGGAGUGUGCAGGAGCUCGCAGACAAAGGGGGCGCAGGGGUGAGCUCGCCAUGGCCUCCCGGGGUCUGGGGGGCCUGGGCGGGGGCCGCGGCGGCAGCGGCGGCAAGAAGAGCCUGAGCGCCCGCAACGCGGCGGUGGAACGGAGGAACCUGAUCACGGUGUGCAGGUUUUCUGUGAAAACUUUGAUUGAUCGGUCUUGCUUUGAGACAAUCGAUGAUUCGUCUCCUGAAUUUAACAAUUUUGCAGCUGUUUUGGAACAGAUUCUAAGUCACCGGCUAAAAGGUCAAGUUACCUGGUUUGGUUAUGAAAGUCCUCGUAGCUUCUGGGACUAUAUCAGAGUGGCUUGUCGGAAAGUUUCACAAAAUUGUAUCUGCAGCAUUGAAAAUAUGGAAAAUGUCAGCUCCUCUAGAGCUAAGGGUAGAGCCUGGAUUAGAGUAGCACUUAUGGAAAAGCAUUUAUCUGAAUACAUCUCUACGGCUCUGAGAGACUUCAAAACAACCAGGAGGUUUUAUGAAGAUGGAGCAAUUGUGCUAGGUGAAGAAGCUAAUAUGCUUGCUGGCAUGCUGCUGGGACUUAAUGCCAUUGAUUUCAGUUUCUGCCUAAAGGGAGAGGGACUGGAUGGUACCUUUCCUGCUGUGAUAGACUAUACACCAUAUUUGAAGUUCGAACAAAGUUCUGAUAGUAUCAGCAGUGAUGAGGAGGAACUCAGAACUUUUGGAAGCAGUGACAGUGAAAGCAGCACUCCGGAGAACGUGGGACCUCCUCUCAUAAUGGAUGAAAAUAGCUGGUUCAAUAAGUGUAAGAGAGUGAGACAAAAGUAUCAACUUACCCUUGAACAGAAGGGUUAUCUUGAAGAACUCUUACGACUUCGAGAAAACCAACUAUCUGAAUCUGUUUCCCAGAAUAAAAUACUACUUCAAAGGAUUGAAGAUUCUGAUCUGGCCCAUAAAUUGGAGAAACAACAACUAGAAUAUAUAAUUGUGGAGCUUCAAGAUCAGCUGACUGUGCUAAAGAAUAAUGAUUUAAGAUCAAGACAAGAGUUAACUGCCCACCUCACCAACCAGUGGCCUUCCCCAGGAGCUCUGGAUGUCAAUGCUGUUGCCUUGGAUACGUUGCUUUACCGAAAACACAAUAAACAGUGGUAUGAGAAAAGUUAUCAAAGUCUUGACCAGUUAUCAGCAGAAGUUAGCCUUUCUCAGACUUCGUUGGAUCCAAGCCAUUCACAAGAAGGUGAUGGAAAACAAGACACAUUAAAUUUAGUCAAUGAAGGUAAAGAAGACACUCCCUCAUUACUUGGUCUCUGUGGGUCUCUAACAUCAGUGGCAAGUUAUAAGUCUUUAACAAGCCUAAAAUCUAAUGACUACCUAGCAAGUCCUACAGCAGAGAUGACAAGUCCUGGCCUAACUCCAUCCUGAGAAAACUUUAUGUAAAAACCAAAAGUUUCUAUAUUGUAAAUGUUCAGUUUACAUAAGUUUGACUGCUGGGAGGCCUUUGAAUUUUUAUAUUGUUCUGGUACUUGUUUGAAAUUCUGUUGCUUAGAGUUCAGUCCACUCAUAUAGACAGACUUCUGAGCCAAAAACACAAUGGGCCCUGCUAUUUUUCUUUUAAAAAUCUUGUACUUGCCAUAGAGGAAGUUCAAAAUUGAAGAGGCUUUAAAAAACUUUCAAAGAUCCUUCAAAUGAAAAAUUCUUUGCAAGUUGUACAUAGGUAUUAUUUAACUGAUUUUUAUAUGUUGGUUUAAGUGUAUCUUGGUAGCCACAGACUGAGUUCAAAGUUUGAUUCCAGGGAUU